UCCUAAAUCGACAACAAACUAGUUUUGCCGUUAUCUCGAACUAGUGCCCAUCUUUUCCCUAUUUGACGGAUAUUUAAUUACAAACACUUCCCCGGAGAAGAAGCAAUGGAAAAUGUGCAUUUGGCUGGAGAGGAGGAUGAUCUUUACUCGGGUUACAACGACUAUAAUCCGACAUUUGACUCCGAGGAGUUGGAGAAUGAUGUGGGCUUCCAGCAAGCAGUGAGGACAAGUCAUGGAAGAAGACCUCCUAUGACUGCCAAAUUCCCUGGUACUGCAAUUGGAGCUCGGCCUUUAGCUACUUCCUUUGGUUCUCGGAUCCCCAUGGUCUCUUCAAUGGGCAGGCCCAUGACAGGAGCUGUGCAGGAUGGGGCGGCCAGACCGAUGACCGCAGUCAGAGCAGCCGGUUACACCUCCUCUCUGACCCGCGGCUCGACCUUUGACCCUCUGGGCCAGUCCAGAGGCCCUGCUCCUCCACUUGAGGCAAAGAAUGAGGACACGCCUGAGGAGAAGAUCAAGAUCCUGGAGAAGAAAGUGAAUGAUCUGAUAGAAGAGAGCUGCAUGGCUCAGAGCAUGGGAACGUUACAGCUGGCUCUUGAAAAAGCCAAAGAGGCCGGGAGGAAGGAGAGAGCGCUGGUCAGACAGAGGGAGCAGUCUGGAAAUGCAGACAGCAUCAAUUUGGACCUCACCUACUCUGUUUUGCUCAACCUCGCCAACCAGUACGCGAACAAUGAAAUGUACCCAGAGGCCCUGAACAGCUACCAGGUCAUUGUGAAGAACAAGAUGUUCAGUAAUGCAGGCCGUCUGAAAGUCAACAUGGCCAACAUCUACUUCAAGCAGAAGAAUUACCCUAAAGCCAUCAAGUUCUACCGCAUGGCUCUGGAUCAGAUCUCCAACGCCCACAAGGAAAUGAGGAUCAAGAUCAUGCAGAACAUCGGCGUGGUGUUCGUGCGCAUGGGGCAGUACUCGGACGCCAUAACGUCCUUCGAGCACAUCAUGAGCGAGAGUCCCAACGUCAAGACGGGCUUCAACCUCAUCCUGUGCUACUACGCCAUCGGAGACAGGGAGAGGAUGAAGAAGGCUUUUCAGAAGCUCAUCGCCGUUCCUCUGGGGAUCGAUGACGAAGACAAAUACAUCCCGUCUAAUGACGACCCCGGCUCAAACAUGGUCAUUGAGGCCAUUAAGAACGACCAGCUUCACCAGAUGGAGAGAGACCUAAAAGUCCUGGCUGAGAAAUACAUCAUGACCGCAGCCAAGCUCAUCGCUCCGGCCAUAGAGACGUCUUUCGCUACUGGAUUUGACUGGUGUGUAGACAUGGUGAAGAGCUCUCAGUACGUUGAGCUCGCCAACGAUCUGGAGAUCAACAAAGCCAUCACGUACCUGAGACAGAAGGACUUCAACCAGGUUGAGGCGGUGGAAACACUGAAGACCUUUGAGAAGAAGGACAGCAGAGUGAAGAGCGCUGCAGCCACAAACCUCUCCUUCCUUUAUUUUCUGGAGAAGGACUUUGACCAGGCCGACCGAUACGCUGAUCUCGCCAUGAACGCCGACCGCUACAACCCGGCCGCGCUCAUCAACAAGGGCAACACUGUGUUUGUCAAGCAGGACUACGAAAAGGCUGCAGAGUUCUACAAAGAGGCGCUGAGGAACGAUUCCUCGUGCACGGAGGCUCUUUACAACCUGGGGCUGACCUAUAAGAGACUGAGCCGUCUGGAGGAGGCUCUGGACUGCUUCCUGAAGCUUCACGCCAUUCUGAGGAACAGCGCCCAAGUCAUGUACCAGCUGGCCAACCUCUACGAGCUUCUGGAGGAUCCCCAGCAGGCGAUAGAGUGGCUCAUGCAGGUCAUCAGUGUGACUCCCACUGAUCCACAUGUACUGGCAAAACUGGGGGAGCUGCACGAUGCGGAGGGGGACAAGUCCCAGGCUUUCCAGUACUACUACGAGUCCUUCAGGUACUUCCCCUCCAACAUUGAUGUGAUCGAGUGGCUCGGGGCUUACUACAUCGAGACACAGUUCUGUGAAAAGGCCAUUCAGUACUUUGAAAGAGCCACACUUAUACAACCAACCCAGGUGAAGUGGCAGCUAAUGGUUGCAAGCUGUUACAGAAGAAGUGGAAACUACCAGAAAGCUCUGGAAACUUACAAAGACAUCCACCGCAAGUUUCCAGAAAAUGUGGAAUGCUUGCGUUUCCUGGUGCGGCUGUGCACAGACAUGGGAUUAAAGGAAGUCCAAGAAUACGCCACCAAGCUAAAGAAGGUAGAGAAGAUGAAGGAGAUCAGAGAACAGAGGGUGAAGUCGGGUCGCGAAGGCAGCGCGAGAGGUCGCAAAGAAGGCAGAGAGGGAAGCGCAGGCAGCGCAGCAGGCGUCUCCACGCCCGUCCUCUCCUCCCCUAAGAAGUCCGUCAUUAAGGAAGAUGUCAAAACAGUAUCUCAACCUGAGCCUAAACUUUUCAGUCCACUUCUGGACUCGGGGAAAGACAGCAGCCACAGCAGCAACAGUAAUAAAGGAGAGCGUCUGAGUGCCAAGUUGAGGUCACUUCCUGGUUCCAAUGAGCCCUACGAGGCCAGCAGCCCCAAAGAACUAGACGCGUCCUACGUGGACCCUCUGGGGCCUCAGAUGGAGAGACCAAAGACCGGAGCCAAGCAGCGCGUGGAGGACGACGACUUUGCAGAUGCGGAGCUGGGAGACGAUCUUCUACCGGAGUAGCUGCUUCAGUUGUUAUCGUCAGAACGUUUUGUCUUUUGGCGUCUUUUUAAGGCGAGAGCGGAACAAUUCACAGCAAAACUGGGACACGUCAAACUCAACGUUUCUUUUACCUUUAUCAGACUGGUCGUACUUACAGAAACAGUCGGCUCUGCAGUCCAGGACACAUGGUUUGAAGGGAAACGUUAAGUGCUUUUAAUAAUUUUGAGAGGCUUUGGGUGAGUUGUGUGUACGAUAAGCACGUUUCUGUGAGUGCACCCCAUUUGCUGGAGUUCAGAGGUUUUGCAUUCAUUGCAUACUUCCAUGUGUGAGCCUGGGAACCUUCUGCAAAAUCCAUCAACAUGACAAGCAAACAUGCUUAAAUCCACCCCUUUCAGCUCUGGUUGCAUUCUGCGCCCGUUCCAAAAAACUUGUCAGAGUUUGUAAUAUAAUAUUUAUUUUUCAUUGUCGUUUGAUGUAUAAUUAAAGGAGAGUGUUUUA